UCCUCUUCCACUUUCUCACACUUCUCAUUCCAUUCUACAGCAACCAAACAUGGAAGAAUCACACCAUCACCACCAAGACUGCAACACUCCAAACUCCACUGGAACCCAAUCACCACCAACCUCCGGAACCUGCUGCAAGUGCGGAGGUCCCACAACAUUCCCACCACCACCAGUAUCACCCGCCUUCUCCGAAAUAUCCCCACCGCCAACCUACCGUCCCAUCCGCGCCCCGGCGAUCCCACCGGACCCCCACUCACAGCGCGCAAUCAUCCUUUCCCCAGUUCCACAAGCCCAACACGUCCCCGUAGCUUCACCGCCUUACCAAUUCCAAAUCCCGAUCAAACGUAUCCAAUCCCCCGACGACAUUCGCAAACUUCACGACUCCGAGUCCGGUAAAAACUUCGUCGGAUUCGUCGUCGCACUUUCCGAAUCCAUCCGCGGUCGGAAAAUCUCCGAUCCUUGUCACCAAUCCGAAACCAUCAACACCAUUGUCUCCAUUCUCGAAACCCUAAUUCAAUGGAUCGAUGAAAUUCCACCGGCUCAACAAGCCGCGCGUUACGGUAACAUUGCUUACCGAACCUGGCACGAACGCCUUGUCAAUUCCGGUGAAUCUCUCAUGUUUAAGUUCCUCCCCAAGGAUCUCCAACCGGCAGCGGUGGAACUUGUUCCGUAUUUCUCUGAUUGCUUCGGGAACUCGAGCCGAAUUGAUUACGGUACCGGGCACGAGACGAAUUUUGCGGCAUGGCUGUAUUGCUUGGCGAGGUUGGGGGUGAUCAGAGAAGAGGACUACCCUGCUAUAGUAAGCAGAGUGUUUGUGAGGUAUCUUGAUUUGAUGAGAAAGUUGCAAAUGGUGUAUUGUUUGGAACCUGCAGGGUCACAUGGUGUUUGGGGGCUUGAUGAUUAUCAUUUUUUGCCGUUUAUAUUUGGUUCUUCGCAGUUGAUUGAUCAUAAGUAUAUGAAGCCGAAAUCGAUUCAUAAUAGGGAUAUAUUGGAUAAUUUCUCGCAUGAAUAUUUUUAUCUUGCUGGGAUUAGUUUUAUUAUGAAGGUGAAGAAGGGUCAUUUUGCUGAGCAUUCACCUAUGUUGGAUGAUAUUAGUGGGGUGCCUAAUUGGAAGAAGGUUAAUAGUGGUUUGCUUAAGAUGUAUAAAGCUGAAGUGUUGGAGAAGGUUCCCAUUAUGCAGCACUUUCUUUUUGGAUCCCUUAUUAAGUGGGAAUAAUGGUUUGAGUUGCAUUGCUGAGGCGAAGACAACAUGGACCGGGCACUAUAGUAUAUUUGUAGCAGUUAUAUAAUCUCUUUGUUGAAUUACUUGCUCUGUCAACUUGCUUAAUCUUCCAUUCAUGAGGGUAAAAGAUUAUGAUUAGAGUUUCUUUCUAUUGUUAUAUGAUGACGAAAAUGUUUUGCUGCAAAUUGAAGAAUCCGAAGAAUGGACGAAAGCACGCAAGAUCUGGUUAAUGUGUUUAUUCUACUAGACUAGAUUCUGGUUCUUGCAUUUUCAGCAGCUUAGUAUAGAUCUGGUUCUUGGUAAGAAGAUAUGGAAAUUAUUAAAUUUUGUAAUGAAUAACUUAUGUUCAAACUUUCAAUGCGUGGUUUCUAACUUAA